GCCUCGCGCUCCAACUUCACAGGCUCGUGCGCAGAACCAGACGGAGGCUUUUUUAACGUCUAGUUUUUGAGAAGAAAAGACUAUUUUAAAGCCAUAUUCUCGACUUUUUACCCGCGUUUAAAGGUUAAAAGUGUUUGUGAGUUCGCAACAUUAAAAGGUUGACGGAGGAAGUUGAGCGAUACAGACGUAGAGGGAAAUUAACCUUAUCGUGUGUAACGUUAUAAGCGAGAGAGCGACGAGACGUUAAUAUACAAUGAGCACAACUCUUCUUCCAUCCAAUAUGGAUCAGCACUCGUCAAAGAAGAUUAUGCUAUGGUUUAAGAUUCCUUAUCAGCAAACUCUGGGACCUUAACGGAUUAAUGUAACCUCAGAACGAACAUGUGUCACCAUCUCCAUUGUCAUAAUCUAUUUUGAUGAUCUCUUAAUAAUAAUAAUAUCUAUUUAUAUAGCACUUAUCAAAACAAAGUUACAAAGUGCUUCACAUAGCAAGCAAAGAACACAUAAAACAUAACAUAAAAACAAAUAAAACACAGCAGUAAUAGAAUAAAAAUAUUAAACAAACCAUAAUAAAUAAUAAAAAUUUGAAUCAGAUGAAAUCAGGGAAGGCUUAAAGGACAAAAGUACGUUUUAAGCUUAGAUUUAAAAGAAGCCACUGACUUUCAUCGGGCAGGGAGUUCUUAGGAGGAUAGCUGUAGGAGAGUAUUCAAAACAGAGGAGUUGCUACCAUAUUUAUUUGUUUUAAUUAAUUUAAUCUGACACACAGACAUAGGUGGAAGUUCUCCCUGUUGCACAGACAUAAACAACACCUGACAAGGAAAAGAUAAAGAUGUAAAUACUAUUCUAGUGUGUAUUUAUCAUGUAGACAAGUGGACAGAGAGACAGACAGACGGGAAAAGCAAAGUGAGCAAAGUCGAUAGACAGGCAAAAUCCCUCACACUCACACAGGUCACAAUGCCUAAUGAGUCACAAGGUUUUCAGGAAAAGGGGGGGCCUGGAGAAGAACCAUCACAGGUGUCUAUAGUGCCGGACAUUAUGGCUGUCUCCAGCAAUGGGGAGGGCAAUAUCCUGGAGCUUGACGACUUCAGCCAAGCAACAGACGGCGUAAAACAAUCCGAACAAAGAAGUGACACUAACAUUUCGCAAUCAGGACUCAGUUCCGUAGAGGUGGGUGUGGCGAAAACAGAGCAGGCCACUGAACCUCUCGAGGCAAAUUCUUUGUUGAGGGGAACAGGUGUGACCCCGCAGGCUACUGAUCACGAUACCCCGGUCAACUCAUCCUCGGAUAAGCUACAAACUGACAACAGUACUUCAUCGCAAACGAACGGCGGCAGUUCGUUAUCUGAGCUCGAUGGAAGCUCCUUUGAAAAGACGAGCCCUAUCUCUCCUGUGAAUUUCUCCAAACCCAGUUUAGACACUUCUCAUUCUAACAAAAACACCAAAAAUAGUCCAGACGAUGGCACAGGCGAUUCCAAAACAGACUUGAUUGUUAAACCAACAGCAGAAAACUCGCUCAGUGGCAGUUCGCCCGCAUUUCCUGACGUCUCAUCCGAAGUCUACCAGACAAGGGACAGCAUCGAUGUCAGGUGGGACGAGGAGGACAGAGACGAGGACAGGCGAAGCACCCAUUCCAGGCACAGUGUGAAAGAGGGAAUGUGUUGCUGCUAUCAGGCAUUCCACAGGGCUUUUCUGCAGUGCGUAGAGGAGACUCCAGCCAUGCUGUCUGGACUGGUGCUGUCUUUGGCCUUCUGUGUGGCCCUCAUCGUCGUCAUUCCCACCACAAGAACGUUUUCGCCCAUCUCUGCACAGAACAUCGGGGUCCAUGUAGGAGCUCUGUCGGUGUUGUGUGUGGUUCUCUGUCUGAGUGCCAUCCUCCUCGUCUGCCUGCCCUGGCUGGCCACGGUAAGGCGCUGUGGAGGAGCCCUGGCCCUCUUUGUCUGGGCGAUGCUGUACGUCACUGCCAUAGUCUUCAUCUUCACUGGAGGACCUGUCACUACAUGGGAACAGGUAGCGUUUUUCCUCUUCCUCUCUGUGAGUGUGUACACAGUGCUGCCUCUCUCUAUGGCCUGGGCCCUCAUGGUUGGGAUAGGGACCAGUGUUUCGCACAUCAUCAUCAUCAGUGUCUACGUCCCUGUCACAAGUCCAGAAACACCGGACCUGGCUGUGCAGCUAGUGGCGAAUGCAGUGCUGUUUGUGUGUGUGAACUGCAUUGGGAUUUUCCAUCUGUGGAUGGCUGAGCACGAUCUCAGGAUAUCCAAUCAGAAGAGAGAAGAGUUCAGCGCCAUACGCUCCCAGAAGGAAAUCAGGAAAUAUCAGCAGGAGCAGCUCCUCCUGUCGGUGUUGCCACGGUACAUCGCCAUGGAGCUGAAAACGGAGGUGAUAAAGAGGCUUUCUAAGCCCAAGAGCGAUGAGGGGAAUGAAUCCAACUUCAACAACUUUCACAGCCUCUAUAUACGGAAGCACAAAGACGUCAGCAUCCUGUAUGCAGACAUUGUAGGCUUCACAAAGCUGGCGAGUACCUGCUCACCAGAAGAGCUGGUCGCUGUGCUCAACAAGCUCUUUGGCAAAUUUGAUGACAUUGCCAAGAAGAAUGGGUGCCUUCGCAUUAAGAUCUUAGGUGACUGCUACUACUGUGUAUCUGGUCUACCUGACCCCAUUCCCGCACACGCCAGGAACUGUGUUCAGAUGGGGCUGGACAUGUGCACUGCCAUCAGUAAACUACGAGAGGCAACGGGGGUUGAGGUCAGCAUGCGGGUGGGUGUCCACACUGGCAACGUGCUCUGCGGUGUGAUUGGCUUGCAGAAGUGGCAGUAUGACGUGUGGUCACAUGACGUUACGUUAGCCAACCACAUGGAGUCUGGAGGUCUUCCUGGGCGAGUCCACAUCACAGAGGAGACACUGCAGCACUUGAACGGAGCGUAUCAAGUUGAGGAUGCGGACGGGGGGAGUCGGGAUUCUCUUCUUACAGGAAGAAAAACCUACCUGGUGAUUGACCCCCGCAAGCCAGACAGCUUUUCCAGGAGCUCUAAAUCGGCAAACACUCUUGCAUCAGGAGAGACCAGGCAGCGGGCAUCGGUCCGAAUGUCUCAGUACCUUCAGUCCUGGCAGACUAUCCACCCCUUCGCAGACCUAAGCAACCCUGAUGCCAAGUCCUCCAAGAAGGCAAUCAUCCCCACCAAUGCUGUCACAAACCAAUCACAGCUGUCUGCAGAAAGACAACCUUGCCAGAACAACCCCUCCUGUUUGGUUGUGGAUAAUGGUGUUAGGGGAUCACUGGACACGAUAGACACUGCAGAGAGGAGAGCAAAUAAGCUCAACUGUUUGACUCUGCUGUUCAACGACCUGAGUCUGGAGAGACAGUUCCGCCUUUCAGAGGUAAAGGGUUUACACCAGUCAAUUAGCUGCAUAGCUUUGAUCUUCGUUACUCUUUUCGCCGUGCAGAUGCUUGUCUCUAAGAAUAACUUUGAGAUGGCUGUGUCCUACGGUGUCACCUUCCCUGUGCUGGUACUGCUUCUGUCCAUCGCUUUCACUGGAUACUUGGAGAAGUGGCGUUCCAAGAUGCCAUUAGGUGUUCAGUGGAUAUCAGGGCUGUCCCGUGGUGUCUCCACCAGGGCGGCGCUGCGACUGUUUGUGGUCACUCUCUGUGUGCUCAUCACGCUGCUUAUGGCCAUCCUCAACUUUUUCUUCCUCCCAGGAAACAACUGCAACAAGUCGAUUACCGACAGGACAGAGCUGGAGGGUCUCAAACUCUACACUGUGCCUUACUACCUGUACUGCUGCCUGCUGGCCAUGCUGGGAGUGAUUGUCUUCGUUAGGACAUGCUUUUCUGUGAAGGCACUGCUGCUCACCCUGGCUGUGGUGGUUUACCUGGCCCUCUUCCUCUAUGUUUACGCUCCGAGGUCCGACUGCCUCGUCAAGCUGAUUUACAACGACACCAAGCCAGGAGUGCUGAAGGACCCUCAGAUCAUGUCUGGGGUUUGGCUGGUCAUCUUUUACAUCGUAUGCCUCAUACUGGCCAGACAGGACGAGCUGGGUUGCCGUGUAGACUUCCUGUUGGAGUGUUGUUUCCAGACGGAGAGAGAGGAGAUGGAGACCAUGGAGAACGUCAACAAGCUCCUCCUUCAGAACGUGCUGCCGCUCCAUGUCGCCUCCUUCUUCAUGGGCAAAACUAUUCGCAACCAGGACCUGUACAGUCAGUCAUAUGACUGUGUGUGUGUGAUGUUCGCCUCUGUGCCUCAGUUCAAAGAGUUUUACAGCGAGAGCAGCGCCAACAGGGACGGUCUGGAGUGUUUGCGCUUCCUUAACGAGAUCAUAUCAGACUUUGAUGAGCUUCUCUCUAAACCCAAAUUCUGUUCAGUGGAGAAGAUUAAGACUAUCGGCAGUACAUACAUGGCUGCUGCGGGGCUGACACACUCGGCUCUAGGGGACGAAAGAAAGAAAGUUGAGAUGUCCUACAGUCAUGUGCGCUCCAUGGUGGAGUUUGCCAUUGCUCUGAUGGGCAAACUGGAGCUUAUCAACACACACUCUUUUAACAGCUUCAAACUCAGGAUCGGAAUAAACCACGGCCCUGUGAUUGCAGGAGUGAUUGGAGCUCAUAAACCUCAGUAUGAUAUCUGGGGGAACUCCGUUAAUGUGGCCAGCAGGAUGGACAGCACAGGAGUGUUGGACAAGAUACAGGUGACGGAGGAGACAUCCCAGAUGGUCGAGAGCGUGGGUUACAGCGUCACUCUCAGAGGAGUAGUCAACGUCAAGGGCAAAGGGGAACUCACCACCUACUUUAUUAACACAGAUCAAUCGUCUCCUCAGUUCUGACCUCCACAGUCAAAUGCUGGACAAACUUAAACUUAUCACUCAGACCUGGGUACAAACAUUAGCUGCAAAUGCUUGUUACUGUUUGUUUUACUGAACCUGGUGUACCAGAUGGGUCGGUUUUGUGGACUGUUGCAGCUAACCUGACACUACUUGAGGCAUUCUGGUUGCCCAAAGAGGUAAACAUAGUCAGUGGCUAGGACUUGACAAUAGUACUGUAUGUAUACCCAGGCCUGUAACCAUCACGGACAUCUGCACUGACUCUAUGCUGAAAGCAAUACCUGUCAGUCAUUUACGUCUAUGAAGGAGCUUCCUUUGUCUUUUGGAUGAGACACUGAAUAAAAUCCUGACUGGUUAAAUGAAGAUUACAACUGACAGCUGAAAGCAGAGAGCUUUCUACUCAUGGACCAUUUAAUGGCAAACCAUGUUGCUUACUGUAUCUGUAUCUGGUUUAUCCUGUGAAACUACAUUAGGUGGGUCAGGUCCCCAUCACGCACUUUUCACUGUAUUAUUCUCAAAAUGUAUAAUCUGAAUUAUGCAAUUUUAUUUUUGGUACACUUAACAUGGCUGAAUCACAUGCACUGUCCGCUCAUAAAACAGUGUUCAUGUAUGAUUAAUACCGUAGGUAUCCAUCUUAGAUGUGCCAAAGAUUACUGUUGUUUUAUGAAGGAUAUUGUAGAAGUAGCUUAUGCCUCAAAUAAGCAAAAUAAUAUUUGUUUUGCCAUUUACAGGAUUUUAUUUUAGGUUAUUUAAAAAAUGUGUUCACUCCAUUGUUGUUUCACUAAGUUACAAAACAGGAUUUACAUUUUAGCUCAGAUGUUUUUCAUUUGUAAAUAUUUUGUAUCAGAGUAUGUUGGUACGGGAAAUUCUGUGUCUUUAAAUGUAGGAAAACUGAGGCAGACAAGUUGUGUACCUAAAACAGUUCUGUGAUACUGAUUGGUCUUUUCCACUGGUUCCCAACCUCCAAUGGGUGAUAAGAUAAAUCUGAGGGGUCACAAAGUGAUUCUAAUCUAUGCUUAUAUUGUGAAAUCCUGUUUAGUUUUACUUAUUAAGCCCAAUGAAAACAACCUGGGAAGGCAAACUAACUCAUAGGUCAAAGUUCUCACACCCCAUAAACAUGUACAAGUGGACAUUGCUGUAUUUAAGGUGUCACAAUCCAAAAAGCUAAGGGUCUUAUUAUUCAUUGCUGGAGCCGGAGAGAUUUACUGCAGCCAUGUAGAUUUAAAAUGGUUGUUUCCCUAUCCACUACUGCCCAAAGCUGACACUUGAUGCUGUAACACAUCUGCACCCAGGCAUAAUGAUGUGUUGUGCCAUGAAAAGUCAGUUAAUGCACAUUUGACAUUGCACUUUCUAGUGUGUUGUAUUUUUUAAAGGGAGUUCUGAAUUACAAUCCAAUGUUGAUUGCACACAUAAUAUUUAUCCUUUUCUUUUAAGUAUAUAUUUCUGUGAGAGAUGAUGUGAAGUGUGAAUGAAAAAACAGAGCUUGAGUAUGUUCAGUGUAGGGAAAUAUUUUUUUAUUAUAUUUAUAAAGUAAUAAAAAAAAAAUACAACCAC